AUGAGGAAAAGAAUGAAUCAUGUGAGUAGUGUUUGUAAGAGAUGUGGUUUAGAAAAAGACACCGUAGAACACAUGCUUUCUCAGAGUCAUGAUUCUCAAAUAAUUUGGAAAAUGAACCCUAUAAUUUGGAAUGAUCUCGAUAAUAUUUCUGGCUUCUCUUUAUGGUGGAAUGAUAAAAUUAAUAUGGCAAAAACGUGUUCUAGUUCUGCUGGUGUUCUAAAUUUGACAGUAAUGAUAAUGUGGCAUAUAUGGAAGUCUAGAAAUGCAUGGUGUUUUAAUAAUGAAUUAACUGAUCCCUCAGACAUUGUGGCAAAAGAUUUAUUUGAGUAUAAUAAGUAUCUUGAAAUAAUUCUUGCCGAGUCCUCAACUGGUAAUGUACGGGAGAAUAAUGAAUAUCAAGGCACAGUUCCCCAAGAGGGAAUAUGUUUCUUUUUUGAUGCAGGGUUACAGGUUGAAUCAAAGAAAGCGAGCGUUGGUUUGGUUGCUAUAGUUAGCAAGGGUGUUUUGCUUCAUGCCUAUGGAUCCCCGAUUCAGUGCGUUGGGAAGUCUAUGAUUGCUGAAGCUUUUGCAAUUAGUAAAGCUGUGGAAACAGCGAUACUAAAUGGAUGA